GUUGGACGUUCUCCUCCUAGCAUUUGUCGGGUUUAGGUACCUAUGUUUGAUAUGCGCAAGCGUAUUCUAAAACUACUACUAUCAACCACCUCAGCAACUGCAACAGAGUUUAAUAUAUCUAUCCGUAUAUAUACCAAGUACUACUACUAUUGCAAUGACUAUCAGAGACUAUUACCUACAUUCACCUUCUACAGAGUCAGCACCAGUACACGGUCACCACCUCUGUUUUGAGAUUCGGGUAGUUCGGUAAGAGACACUACGACAGCAGGCUGUCUAGUCUUUUUAACGUUCUUACUCGGUACGGUUGUGAUGCUAUUGCUUUUAUCACGAAACAUGAGGACAUAACCUUAGACAAUUUUAUUUUUUUUUAUCACGUCAUGUUUAUUCAUGGAUUUUUUUAUAACCCAUACAUUAAAUAUUUGUGAAUAUCAAUAGUGAUAUGUUGUGAGAAUAUAUUAAGAAAAUAUUUGUUUUUGUUUUUGUUUCAUUUCUUUCUUUGUUUUUUUGUGUACUAAAUAGUUCUGAUAUUGUGAUACAAAAACCAAUCAAUCAGUUUUUACAAUACAAGUUGUGAAAUAUUUCACUCGAUCGAUCACUUAUCUUCAUUGCACACACUGACCAACCAUAGACCUAUGAAUAAUUCAUCAAUGAAUCUCAGCCAAUCAGAUUGAUUCUCAUGUGACGCGACAAACAAUGUUGGAAAUUGGGAACAAAGGGAGAGAAAUACGUGAGGCACAAAUUACUUGUGCUCUUUCACAAAGACCGUUGCACUAACCUAUCCCGUACUAGCAUCAAUUGAGAGACAACUACGGGAUUCCCUUUAUAGCCUUAUAUAAAUUAACCCAUGGCACGGCUGGAAAGAUUAAAUUUCUGGAUUUUGAUAUUUUCUCAUGGAAUUAUGUACCAAGUAUAGUGGUGCACAAUGGAAACAGGUCGCAGAGCCGGCCAGUAAGUCCCACCGGUCCAUCAUCGGCUGAGAUGCCGGCUCUUCCUACGGCCAAGAAUGCACUAGUGUCUGGUGAUUCAAGUUAUUCAACCGCGGGAGAUCAGGACAUGAUAGACAGUAAUGUCAAUGUUACUAUCGAAAAUUUAUCAUCAGGGAAUACAAUUAAUCGUCCUACAUCACUUCCUGUGCCGUCUUGUCAAGCUAGCCCACCCGACAAAAUUGAUUCGGAGUCCAACAAUUUUCGCAAUCGGACAAACACCAAGGUAAAAUUGUUAGUAAGAAGCCAUGCAAUGAGGGAGUCAACGUCACCACCACGUGAACCUCACAACGGGGCAACGUCGCCCCGUAGUCCCCAACAAACUGACGCAGUUGAUAAAAAAUUCGGUAACGGUGGUGGCGGUAAUGGCAACGGUGGCUUGUCACCAAAUAAUUUAAAUUCAAAAUUAAAUAACAACGAGUCUAUUUACAAUAAUAAUAGUAAUCUCAGUGCCGCCCAAUCACCAAAACAAACACGUAAUACGGCAACUUCACCAACUUGUCGUACCCCAUCGAGAAAUGGUCAAUCUAGUCCAUUACAAACAACACCAAAGAGUGCUAGUACAUCACCAACGAAUAAUCGUGAUAAUAAUAAUAAAAAUGACAAUGGUCAACGAUCAAAGGCUACAAGCCCGUUAGUGAUAACUUCAUCAAAGUGCAAUAAUUGCGUUAAAAACAAUCAUAAUAAUGAUAAACCAGGAUUAUUACAAACACCCCCAUCACCAUCUAAAUCAACUGGUAUACAGUAUUCACCUAAAAGUCAUGGACAAAGUAAUAACUACAAUAAUAAUAAUAAUAACAAUAAUAAUAAUGGGCAUAAUAAUUGUCAGCAACAGUCCCGAAAUGAUAAUAAUAAUCGUCGCACAUUCGGUAUUUGCAAUAAUCAGUGCUCAAAUCAGUGCUCCAGCAAUACAUUGAGUGUUGGUAGCCGUACAAGACACAAAUUACGCCACCAAAAUUCAUCCUCACAAGGUAGCGGUAGUUUAGACAGUGUAUCGCCAUGUUUAUCACGUGAUAACAGUACUGAAUUGUAUACCGAUAGUACUGGUAUUGAUCUCGAACAAUUUAUCGCUGUUACUAUAAACCGUAAUCAAAAGGAUCGUUCAGUUUUGUUGAAAAUAGAACGUGAAUUGAUUGAAUUUGCUAAAGAUCAUCACAAAAGUUGUCAUAAAUUUCCUAACAUGUCGUCGUACAAUCGUAUGUUGGUACAUCGUGUUGCUGCGUAUUUCGGUAUGGAGCACAAUGUCGACCAAUCGGGUCUCAGUGUCAUUGUAACGCGCACAAAAAAUAUGAGAAUACCUGACACACGGUUCAAAGAACACAUCAGGGAUGAUUUGAUACUAACUGAAGAACCGCGACGGAGUAUACUUAAACGUGAUUCUAGUUCAUUUGAGGAUGGCUACAAUUUCAAAUCGCCAGAUCGGCUAUCGGGUGACUACUGCAGACGUAGUAAGAGCUUCGAAGAACGUGAAGAAGAAUACGAAAAAGUACGUCGUAGAAUAUUUAAGGACAGUAGCGGCGAAAGUAGUGAAGUGGUGUCAUGGCCUUAUUGGUCAUCGUCCGAAAGCUCCGAUGUGUCGGCACGUUAUCGAUUACUACAUCCUGGUGACCAUUCAUCAGGGCGACACGCCCGCUUAUCGAAAGGUGAAUCUUGUGACGGCCGUGAAGCAUUUCGUGGUGUUCUACGUCCUUCGGUAUCUAAAUCAUUCAGUUUUGGUGGAUAUACUCGUGGAAUGUUAUCUCGCGGUGAUAGCGUCACGUCAACCCGUAGCGCAGGCCCUAGAUUAACAAAACAGGAUUCUGGUGCUAGUAUGUGCUCACGUUUAAGUCCAUCUAGCAGCGGUUAUAAAUCACAAAGUCAACGUAGUGAUACUACAAUAUCACCGUCACCUUCGCCCUCGCCGAUACCGGCAAUACCUUGCAGUCAUGUACAAUCUAGUCAAAACAACAAUGUGUCUAUUGACACACAAUCUAAUGAUACUGUUAUUUGGGCUGUUACUAAUAUUUCAAGUGUACCAUUGGGUAGUGUCAUCAUGAACCCACGUACAAAUCAACCCUACACCAAUUCAGAUGGUACAAUUUAUCGCUUUGAUCCGGAUAAUCUACCAAAAGUAUUUAAUGAUAUUGAGGAAAUACGGGAGAGCCCAUCUUCAGAAACACCGGAUAAAUUUCCCGAAUUACCUGAGUCUCCUAAACACAAUGUGCCAGUUAAUAAAUAUAGUUCUAAGAAACAAAAAAAUUCAACAAAGCCAUCAUCGCCAUCGUCAGUUUGUAAUAAUAAUGGUGCUACAAAUAAUCGGCUCACUAGCACAGCAACCUCACCAACUCUACCAUAUUCAGCUAGUCCACCACCACAACCACCACCGCCCCAACCUGUUCAUGUUCAAGACAGCUCACAGUCUAUAAAAUCACCCAUUGAAUCCCAGCCACCGUGUACCCACGGAUCAUUGAAUCCACAAUAUCAAAAUUAUCCGCAGAAUAAUACUGAAUUAAAUUAUAAUCCUCCAGUAUUUACAAAUGCUCAACCACAGAAUAUGAUUCAGAGACCACCGGAUCUGGCUAUUAAUCAACAACAACAACAACAGCAGCAGCAACCACCCCCGCCGCCACCACCACCACCACCCCCUGAUAUGGUAUUCGGUCAGAAUAAUGUGUACGGAAAUUAUCCGAUGAUGAUGCAAACUAGCGUUCAUCCACAAUCGGAAGUGACUGAUUUAUCUGGUUAUUUCAUGGGUAUGAAUGUCUACGAACAACCGCGUGCUGGUUCCGAAGGAUCACAAACAACCCCAACGUUUCCAGCACCACCUCCACCCCCACCCCCACCUCUGCCACCUCCAAAUGGUCAUAAUGCUCCAAACAACCAAGCGAUGCCACCAGGAUAUUGGCAGCCACCUACCGCACAACAUCCCCAUCAACAGCAUACUCAUCAUCCGCCCAAUCAAAUCCCUCCACAGCAAAUGUACUUCGUACCACCAUCUAACUCAACAUUGGCCGUCAGUCAACCUUCCAAUGACCGUUCAACAAUUCAACACCAAAGAUUUCCAUCAAACUACACGUAUAAUCCUCAAAACAUGACUCCAUCAAAUACAGCUCCCAACUACCAAGUCAAUGGUUAUCCGAUUUCUUACAAUUCAAUGCCAACAGUACCUCCCUCACCCACUGACUAUUCAUACCAGAAUCCUUUGCCCAUGAUGCCGACUUACUAUCCAGCUGGACAACCUGGAAUGCAGCCCCCAGUGAUGUGGCGCGUGCCUACACCUCCAAGUACUCCUACGUCAAAUCAAAUGCCGGGCAUACCAGUGAUGUACGUAAAUUCAGGAACUUACCCACCGCCGCCGACAAUGGUAACUGCUGGUUCUUACAGUCAUCAGUUGUCGGGCACAAAUCCUGCACCGCCUGGUGCGGUCUACAUGACACCCUCACUGCUGCCAAAUAUAGUGUUCCGGCAAAACGUACCCAUGAUGACAAGUGGAAUUCGCGCUUCAACACCCUCAGGCUCACAGCGAACCAGCAGGUCACCUACACCUGGCCAUGAAUUCCCAAACAGUUCUACAAAUGGACCAACUGUCAAUGGUGUUAGUGUUGGUGUUGGUGGUGUUGACAACAGAAACGUACAAGCACAAUCGCGUUAUCCACUGCCAAUGUACCAGGGUCUUCAUAUUGUGCCAGGGGACAUUAGACUGAUGCAUCCAGGCAUGGGGAACAAUUCAAGAUUGCAAUACGCCCCUGGACCAUCUCCGCCAGUUCUUCAAGGCUGUCCACGUCCAUUUAGACCACCAUCUUAUUCGUCUAACAAUUCUGGAUGCCCUACGCCCAACUCUUUUGAUGGACGGAACCAGAAAAUUCGCAAACAAAGGUCCAAGGUUACAACUCUACCAUCAACAAACGUGAGGUCCAAUGUCUAUCAAGUUCCUUCUAUGCCUCCAUCUAACCCGCCCAAAGAUAUACGCGAAGGAACCGUAAAGGUCACAAUCAAUCGUUAAAGAUUCAUCAAUAUUGACUCUAAAAUUCAUUUUUAAAAAAAUCACUUCAAAUCACGGAUAAAAAAAAUAUAAAUGAUAAUUUAAAAAAUUGCCACCUCUGGUACAAAAUCAAGCAAAGAAUAGCAACAAUAAUAAUUAUUAUUAUUUUAAAUAUAUACUUUAAAUAAUAAAUGGUUACAAUUAUAAGCACACCGCAAAGUAUGAAAUUUAAAUAAUUAUUAUGUUAUUCGAAAAUUAAUAGUAAUAAUAAUAAUAUUAUUAAAUAUAAUAUUAAUUAUUAUAAUUAUUUAAAAGAAAGUUUAAUGUUAAUUAUUGAUUAAUUAAUUGAUAAUGAGAUAGCUAUGAAGUGAUUUAAUUAAAUAAAGAGGUGAGAAUUAUUAAGAGGUAAGAUUAAUAUAUUAAAUAUAUAUAACAAUGUAAAAUAUCUUUUUAUUUUAUUAUUGAUAAUUGAUAAUUAAUAAUUAGGUUAUUAAUAAUGAAUA